UGUAUGACAGUCAAGGGUUCCUUCGAAGCUAGAUGGUAGGCUGCCUUUGGAGCUGAUGUACAAGUACAGCAAUCUCAGUGAGGGAGCCUGUAAGCCUGGUUUUGCAGCUGCCAAGAUGACUGCCAUUUAUCCAAAGUUCAACAAACUGGCGCCCAUCUUCCUUGAUCCAAAUUACAAACGAUUCUUCAAGAUUGGUGAUUAUUCACCUCCGUUUGGUGUAAAAUCACAAGAGAAGAUUAUAGAUAUUCUUCUGUCAGCAACUAAGUCCUAUGGCCUUGGGAAAGAACUUGACAGUCAGCCUCACUCGUCGUGUCUCCCUGUUUCCCUGCUCAUUUUGGAUUUCUGUUGGACAACCUUUGUUUUUGGACUCUGUCUUCAGCCACUCAGUUUUAUGAACUGUAAGACAUGCAUCAUCGUAGGGAAUGGAGGAAUACUCACCAACAAGUCUCUGGGACAGAGGAUUGAUGAGGUUGACGUGGUGGUCAGGUUAAACGAGGCCCCAGUGAAAGGCUUUGAGAAAGACGUCGGUUCCAAGACCACCAUUAGGAUCACCUAUCCAGAAGGGGCCAUCCAGAAGACUGAACGCUAUGAGACGAAGUCCCUGUUUGUCCUCUCUGCCUUCAAAGCUCUGGACUUCAAGUGGCUCCGACACAUGAUCUUCAACCAGAGACUAAAAUCGAGACUCGUCAGACCAGGCAACAUUUUUCCAGUCUUCAACUGUCCAAUUUUGAUUUAGGUGGAGCUGCCGAGACGGCCUGAAAGAGUCUACUCUGUCAUAGUAGCGUGCACUGUCCUCAUCUACCUUUGUCACCAGAAGGAUCCCCAUCCUGGGAAACACCGUCAACCAGUGCAGGAGGAAGAUCUUUUUAUUUAUUUAUUUUUUAUUAAACCAGGAAAAAGGUAAUGGGCACCCUGUCGUCUCUGCAGUGCAUGAGGACAUCAGUGGACUAGUGACUAGUCUGUGCAUACAUUAACACCUAAUAGGUUCAGACAUUUCUCUCUUGAUUGAUACAUGUUUAAGAUGUUUUCAAUAAUGUUCAGUUUAAAUAAUUUCCCAUUCAACUGUCUGCAUGUUGUAAACCAAAUAUAAGGGAUAUUGCUAAAAAACAGAAUGUAAAUAAACAAGUUAUAGUUUACAUCA